AUGGUGCCGCGGGCCUGGCGCGGCGCGGGGGCUCGCCCGCUGCUGCUGGCGCUGCUGCUGCUGCUGCUGCUGCCGCCGCAGGGUCGCGGCCACCGAGCCACGGGGCCCCGGUUUUUAAUAAGCGACCGUGACAGAGACCCUCAGUGUAACCUGCAUUGCUCCAGGUCCCAAUCCAAGCCCCUCUGUGGCUCUGAUGGCAGAACAUACGAGUCGAUGUGUGACUACCAGAGAGCCAAGUGCCGGGAGUCGAGUCUGAGCGUGACACACCGUGGCCGGUGCAAAGAUGUGGGCCAAAGCAAGUGUCGGUUAGAGAGAGCUCAAGCACUGGAACAGGCAAAGAAGCCCCAGGAAGCAGUCUUCAUUCCAGAAUGCAAUGAGGAUGGAUCAUUCACACAGGUGCAGUGCCACACCUACACUGGAUACUGCUGGUGUGUGACACCUGAUGGCAAGCCUAUUAGCGGCUCUUCUGUACAGAACAAAACUCCUGUAUGUUCAGGCUCUGUAACGGAUAAACCAUCCAGCCAGGGUAAUUCAGGAAGGAAAGUUUCUUUUCGAUUCUUUUUAACCCUCAAUUCAGAUGAUGGUUCGAAGCCAACGCCAACCAUGGAAACCCAGCCUAUUUUUGACGGAGAAGAAAUCACCGCACCCACCCUUUGGAUUAAGCACUUGGUCAUUAAAGAUUCCAAACUGAACAGUUCCAGUAUAAGGAAUUCAGAGAAAGUUCAUUCCUGCGACCAGGAAAGGCAGAGUGCCCUGGAGGAGGCCAGGCAGAACCCCCGCGAGGGUAUCGUCAUCCCCGAGUGUGCUCCUGGAGGGCUCUACAAACCAGUGCAAUGCCACCAGUCGACUGGGUACUGCUGGUGUGUCCUGGUGGACACAGGACGCCCCCUGCCUGGUACUUCCACUCGCUAUGAGACCCCAGUGUGUGAAAGCGAUGCCAGAUCAAAGAGCACGGAGAUUGAUGAUCCCUUCAAGGACAGAGAACUUCCAGGCUGCCCAGAAGGGAAGAAAGUUGAAUUUAUUACCAGCUUACUUGAUGCUCUGACUACGGACAUGGUACAGGCUAUUAACUCAGCAGCACCUACUGGGGGUGGGAGGUUCUCUGAGCCAGACCCCAGCCACACACUGGAGGAGCGAGUGGUGCACUGGUACUUCAGCCAGCUGGACAACAACAGCAGCAAUGACAUCAACAAGCGGGAGCUGAAGCCUUUCAAGCGUUACGUAAAGAAGAAAGCCAAGCCCAAGAAAUGUGCUCGACGUUUCACUGACUACUGUGACCUCAACAAGGACAAGUCCAUCUCACUUCAGGAGCUGAAAGGGUGCUUGGGAGUCAGCAAAGAAGGAGGUAGCCUGAGCAGUUUCCCCAAUGGAAAAAGACAAGGCCUUAACCCUUUCAUAGGUCGCCUGGUGUAGCAGCAGAAGACAGGAAGGGAAGGCAGGAGCCGAUCCAAAGGGAAAAAGAUCCAGUGACAGAUGAACAGACACCUCGCUGCUUGUGAGCAAGCAUGCAGCACCAGCAACAUCCAACGUAGCAGAAGUGGCACCCAGAACGUUUGCACUUUUUAAUAAUUGGUUUGGGGUUGGUUUUAAUUGCUUUUCAAUGCCAUUAUCUAAUACUUUGGAGAGUGGGGGCAAGCAGAAUAAUGACUUUAAAAUUGGAACAGCUACUGAUGACAAAGUUGAGUUCGCUGGGACUCAGAAAGAGAAUUUUAUAUACUGUAUAUAAUUAUGUAUGUAAAUUGUACAGUUGUGUUGUACAGGGGUUGGAGUCACUGUUCUGUUCCUCCCUUUGCUUUUAAAGGCUGUUCGGAUUAGAGGGACACUUUGCAUUUAAUGGAUUACAGUAAUGCAAUAAUUUCUGCCACCAAAUCGUUGUUCAGUUGCACACCUUAGUGUCACCAUGCAGGUCUGUCAGCAUGACUUGUGCUUGCAGAUGUGCACACAGUGCCUCAGAUACCAAAUGCUUCUUGGGAGCGACUGAACCCCUUCUUUUCUUACUCUAAAACCCUGUGCAACUCAUGGGCAACUGGGCUUUGGGGAGAGCACAAGUUUCACCUAAGUACAUGUGCACAGCAAAGCUGCUAAAAGUAGGGAUGGAAGAGUUGUAUUAAGGACAUAAAAAGGUAGUUUCUGCCCCUGUUGCCAGUUGGGCAGAAAUAAAUUGCAAGUGCAUUACUAUUCAGAAGACCUGCUUAGCAAAGGUGUGCCAUGCCUUGGGAAUCUAAUGCUGUAGGAAGGAUGUGGGAGCCACAGGCCUAGCAGAGUCAGUGGGGUGAAGUCUUGCAUCUUCCUCUCUAGCAAAGUUUUCAUCUAUAUGUUGUACAACAAUAAAAAUACUGAGAAGCCUGCUAAAAGCAGCAUCAGCCUGCCUGUUGCUUUGCUGAAGAGCAAGGAGCAUAUUUGUCAGUUGCAGAAAGACACAAUCAUGCUGCUGGUUCCCAGGAGUCUGGUUUACUCAUGCUUCAGCACUACUGCUUGGGCCAUGCUCACUUGUGAAGGUCUCUCUGCAAUGACUAUUCCUAUUUUUGAUGGUUGUGAAUCCCAAGGUCCUCUCUUGCACAGUGGUGUGCCUGCCUAAUCCACUCCCACUGUUUCACUGUUACCAUGAAGGCUUAGAUUGAGGAGCCUCAUCUCUUGGCCACAAAGGCUGUUUAAAUUGCCAUCAGUUUUUCCAGACUUGUUCCUUAGUUAAUCUCAGAUUCAGCUGUAAAGUCAGCAGUAGAGCAGGGACACCCAUACCAGCAAUCCUAGACCUUGGCAGAGUGUGAUGGGACACUAUUUUGCUUUGUGCAUUUCCAAAUACUGGCAGUACUUGUCUGUUCAUAGGAAAUGUUUUGAGCAGCCUCUCACUUCAGACCUGAUGAUCCUUGUGCCACUCACCUCUGGACCAAGAACCUGUAGUUGGAGAUAAUGACAUGCCAAGCUAAGAUGAGAUCACACCAACAACUGCUUGUGAUAAUACUGUGUUACUGUAGAGACUGGGCUUGUCACUUGAGGCUUUGUGGCUUUGGUACAAGAUAUCACAAUGCAGUGUCUUCACUCUGUGGCAUGUCAUCAUGAUGAUAGCAUGAGAUAAACACAUCAUAGCAGAAGUGUCCUGAUGCACUAAGUUAGUGCCUUGUUGACAAAAUUAAAAGGGCUUUGUUUUUUUGUUUGGUUUUUUUUUGUUGUUUUGUUUUAAAAAAAAAAGAGAAAAACAACCACAAAAUCUUUCUGUAAGGUAACUGUUUUGAGAUUAGUAAUAAUUCUUUCCCUGGGGAGUAGAUUGGAGCUAAUGAAAGCAUUUGGCAUGGUUGAAAACAUCUCUGGUGAUCUCUGAAGUAUACACCACAGCACCACUGUAAUAUAAAUAAGUUGUCUCUUUAGCAAGACCAAAUCCUCCUGCUGGAUCUUCAUGGUUUCUCAUGUACAAUGCAUGUGCUUUUUUUGGCCUGCAAGCUCCCAUCUUCUUGAUUGCAUCUUCCCUUUUUAAAUGCCCAGGGCACAUAAUUGUGAAAUUAUUUGGUUUAGUGUAUAGUUAGAAAUGUCCCUAUCACUCAAUAAUCCUAUUAUAGGAGUAAAGAAUGAAUCCAGCUGUAUAGAAAAAAAACAACCCUCUCCUUUUUUAAUAUGCUAAUUUUAGGAAUUAAAAGGUCUGGCUGCUGGGUUGGUGUUUGUUGUUUUCUUGUGGGUGUUUUGUUUGUUUGUUUGUUUUUUUAAUGUAUAGUUGCAUCCAGCAGAAGUAGCUAAUUGGGUGCCUGUAGGAGUUCUGUCAACCAGCUGCUGGGGCCAGGUCAUGUCCCAUAAGAUUGCAGGUGGAGUACCGAGCUGCUUGCAAGUCACUGCAUCUUUUCUUCUGGCAAUGUCAGUACACCAGCCAGCCAAUGCUCUUGCCUGUCAUGUAAAUCCUUCUGCAGACCUCUUUCUCAUCCUGGUGUCCUUCCCCUCCAAAAGGCCUGCCUUCACAUGUAGUUUACAAUUAAAACUAGUCAGUUCUUCAAGGAAGCUGAACAAGGGGUGGCUGUUGAUGGUAGCUUUGGUACUGGUGGGUAUUCAUGUUGCUAUGUUAGAGCUGGCGUUAUGGAUAGAUUGGGUCCAAAGCAUUAUAUUUGCCUCUCUCUUAACUUUCAUAGGAGAAGUCCAAGUUCCAGCAUCCUGGCUUUUGCUGGGUUUGCACAGGCCUCUGGGCAGCUUCUGGCAACACUUGUACAUUGACAUACAAGACCCAACCAGCAAGAUUGUGUAAUGUCCAUGUUGCUUAUUUGGGGGUUGUGUGUUGGAAUAUCAUGCAGACAGUAUCGGUCUUUAUUCAUAUAGCUUGUUCUAUGAGUUGUCCAGACAGUCUGUACUUGUCAGAAUGGAGCAGUGCCUCAGCUCCCCUCUUCUCAUGGUUGCUUUUAUUGCCAGAUAACUGGCCAGCCCACCUGGCUGUCAGGCCAAAUAUGUCCUUAUCUGCCUUGCCUCAGUAGCAUCCUACUGAAGCUGGGGCAGGGGGUGUAUCAGUGUUGUGGCUGGAAGCAGACCCUGGGCAUGCCUCUCCUCAUCCUUCAAGUCCUCCUGGGCUUCUCCAGCUCUACUUUGAAUGACAGCUGAAAACAGCUGGGACAGAGAAGGGAACCAAGGCUUCACAGUGCAAGUCAUCUGCUCUUCCCACCAGAAGCAAAAAUCUUCCCUUUCUUCCUGCUUCUCCAGGGGUGUCAUGUGUUGGAGGGAACUGUGUUACGGUGGGAUUCAUCCAUGUGGAGGCACCACUUUCCAGGGCCUGAAUUUAUGUUGAACUUACCCUGCUCCAGCACAUUUCUUCCUAUGGCAUUGUUUUUACAAUGAAAGGCAUCUGUUUGAUUUUUGGUUUUGUAAUAAAAUAGAUAACUUUUUGCUCCA